AGUUCAAAUACCUGUUUGUUUUUUUCUUACCUCACUCCAACAAUCCUCUAACCCUAACCUUCACAAUCAGUUAUUUUUUAUCUACACCGGUCUAAUACCAUGUUAGCACCUGGUAUUACGGUAAUGUUCCAGUGUUCGCAGAGAUUACAUUCAUGGUAAACGCUGCAUAUGUCGACGCAAUCAAAUGGCUUCUAACCCGUGAUUGGAUUGAAUCCCGGGCCUUAUUCAGUUUGGCACGAUGUUAAGCACACUGCAGAUAGAAAUGCAAGGUGUACACAACCCUCUACUCCACAUGAUAGAGAAACAUGUCCAUUUCCAUCUGCAGUGCCCUGCUGCAUCCUAUUACUACUGGACCAUGUCAGGUGUCAGGACCUUGUUCCAACUGGACUCACAAUGACCCAACUUGUAUCUGAACAGGGAUGAUCUCUGCAUUGUCUGUUUGGGCCCUCCAAGACCUAUACCAGGCAACAGACAGUGACUACUCCAGGGCCCUCCAAGACCUAUACUUGACAACAGACAGUGAUUACUCCAGGGCCCUCCAAGACCUAUCCUUGACAACAGACAGUGAUUACUCCAGGGCCUUCCAAGACCUAUACUUGACAACAGACAGUGAUUACUCCAGGGCCCUCCAAGACCUACACUUGACAACAGACAGUGAUUACUCCAGGGCCCUCCAAGACCUAUACUUGACAACAGACAGUGACUACUCCAGGGCCCUCCAAGACCUAUCCUUGACAACAGACAGUGAUUACUCCAGGGCCCUCCAAGACCUAUACCAGGCAACAGACAGUGACUACUCCAGGGCCUUCCAAGACCUAUACCAGGCAACAGACAGUGAUUACUCCAGGGCCUUCCAAGACCUAUACCAGGCAACAGACAGUGAUUACUCCAGGGCCCUCCAAGACCUAUACUUGACAACAGACAGUGACUACUCCAGGGCCCUCCAAGACCUACACUUGACAACAGACAGUGAUUACUCCAGGGCCCUCCAAGACCUAUACCAGGCAACAGGCAGUGAUUACUCCAGGGCCCUCCAAGACCUAUACUUGACAACAGACAGUGAUUACUCCAGGGCCCUCCAAGACCUAUACUUGACAACAGACAGUGAUUACUCCAGGGCCCUCCAAGACCUAUACCAGGCAACAGGCAGUGACUACUCCAGGGCCCUCCCAAGACAUAUACCAGGCAACAGACAGUAACCAGAGGGUUACUACUGAAGGGUUGUCUCACUCCAGUCCGGAAGAGCUGCUGGCUGUGCAGGCUUUCAAUCCAGCUCUGUUGUACACCAGAUUCAAGUAUUCACUAUUAUGGUCUCCUCUCAGAACCAUAUUUAUCUGAAACAGAUGCUGUGGUGGGUACUUAUAUUUGUUCUAUUUCACACGUGUACAAGUGUGUUUUAUAAACGUGUGAAUUGGGAAGUUUUCUUUUUUGCAUAUCCCAACCCCCCCUGAGACGCCCUCUGAGAGUGGUGUUAAUAUAGGACUGAACCCUAGACCAGACCCUAGAGGACCCUGGACUAAGUCCUGGAGAACCCUGGACCAGACCCUAGAGGACCCUGGACCAGACCCUAGAGGACCCUGGACUAAGUCCUGGAGAACCCUGGACCUGACCCUGGAUGGUACCCACCACCACUCUGACCCUGGAUGGUACCCACUCCUGCAGUAAUAAACAUAGUGAAUCCAGGCCGGGUAUGGUUGACCUCGGGGGUUCGUGGUCCUCGCCUCAAAGUCCCAUGAUGUAGAGCGCUGCCUGCCAGGGCUGAUCAGCCACUUUCUGAGAGGAAAGAUACAAAGAGGACUGAAGAAGAGGCAGACAAUAAGGGCCAAUCGGUGGAGGGCCAUAAAAAGGAUAGACGCACACAGACAGCCAACAACCCUGGACACAGACAGCCAACAACCCUGGACACAGACAGCAACCAACAGUUGUGGUGCAUUUAGGAGGACUGUGCUAUCCCAGGCUUCUCCUUGAUGCUGUACACUUUAGCAGGAGGGGGUACACUCUGUGGGGUGGCCGCCCUCGUGCUCCUCAUCGUGUCCACGGCAACCGACUUCUGGAUGCAGUACCGCUACUCGGGAGCGUCGGCCAAUCAGGGCCUCUGGAGGUUUUGCAUCAAUCACAAGUGCCACGCCCACACCAUCACUGUGGCCUUCUGGGAUGCGACAAGGGCCUUCAUGCUGCUGUCUGUGCUGAGCUGCUUUGCUGGCGUAUUGCUGGGCCUGAGUGCCUUCGGCAACGGCACCAAGAGCAGGAGGGUUCGGACUGGGGGCUUCGCUCUGCUCCUGUCAGGUUUCCUAGCUCUGUUAGCUCUGGCCAUCUACACUGGCGUGACGGUCAACUUCUUUGGCAAGCGCUUCCUUGAUUGGCGCUUCUCCUGGUCCUACAUCGUAGCUUGGGUGGCCAUCAUCUUAUCUUUCGCUGCUGGUGGGUUCCACCUCUGUGCCUAUCAGAAGAACAUUGCCGAACCGCCUCCUACCAAUGUUCAAGAAAGCUAAAUGGGAAGUAAUCUUUACCUGCACACUAAAGAAACAGCUACCAACCACUCGUCUUUACUAUUGUCACUGAUAGCGAUGUGACAGCAGCUAUGGAAACAACAUGUCUGGCAAAAUCUGCUGAACAGAAUAAAUAGGACUGAUUGACUCCA